UUGCAAGUCCUCGUUUGCCCUUUUUUACAGUAAGGAGGAGAGGAGUUCAGAGCAGAUACAUUCAAUUGGAGACGCCGGCGAACUUCCCGUUGAAGCUCCUCCUCCGUGAGUCGCCGUCUUUUAGCACCGUCACCGCUACCACCACCAGUUUGGGCUAAGCGCCAUGGCAUGGAAGGGACAGUUAUCUCGGAACCUGAAGGAGCUGAGAAUACUCUUCAGUCAGGCAUCACCUGCAAGCUCUUCUACUAGAGCAUUUGUAGAGAACAACUACAAGGAUCUGAAAACGCUCAACCCCAAACUCCCUAUACUGAUUCGUGAAUGCAGUGGGAUCGAGCCACAGCUGUGGGCUAGAUACGAUAUGGGAAUGGAGAGGGGUAUUCGGUUGGAAGGAAUGACUGAGACGCAGAUAUUGAAGGCAUUAGAGGAUCUUAACAAAGCUGGUGCAGCUAUUAAUAAAAGCUGAAGAGGAUUGCUUUGUUGUUUGUUUUGUUUUGUGAGAAAAAUAAAUAAAUAUAUGAAUAUUCAUGAUCUCAAGAUCCUACUGCUUGUUUGAGUUUUCAUCUAUUAUUUAUGUUCUGAUUUGCAGAGACACAAACAUAAAUAAAUAUUCUCUGAAUCAUCAUUGGUUUUAUUUUAUGGCAUUUUAUUUUUCUUUUGGA